CCGACCCUCGGCCUGAGGAGCGGCUGCGGUUCAUGGCCGGGGAGUGGGGACUUGGAGCGGGAGAUGUUAAGAGGGGCAGGUCUGGUUGCUCGGCUGGCCAGUGAACAGCGGGGAGGCUGAGGUCCGGUGGAGGAGGGACGACACAGGCGACGAACAGGAAAGGGUGGGUUACUGUCCCUCGGUCCUCCCGCCACUCCUGGUGCUGUGGGCCCCUCCAGCGAUGCGCGGGAACCGGUUUUGAGAUUCUGUAGCGGUCGUUCCCGCGGAGUGAACCAGACGCCAGUCGGAGGGUUUCGGCACAGAACUGGUUUAUUUUCCCGCCCUGCGGCCCUUUUAAGGGAGACUGUUCCCGCCCAAUCCAACCGGCAGUGACGUAUACUCUACGUCAUCGUUUUUCCCGACCGCCCAGCCGGUUCACUCGCCCGUAUUGUUUAUUACAGAUCAUCACAAUUGCUGAACGCCUUUCACUAUAAUGGCUGAAGGUGCCAGCUGGAGAGGGGAUGCAGGGACUUCUGCAUCAAGGAAACACAGAGGUGGGAAAUUGACUCAGAUAGAGAAAAUCUUCAAGCGACUUUUGCCAGGCAGCUCAAGGGAAGAUGAUCAGGACAGAGGAACCACGACACCAAAGCAAGGUCGGAUUGAGAGAAGUGUCCCAAUGGAAUGUGAACCGGCCGCCGCAGAGGAAAGGGAACAAAAUCAGCCCAGAGGGAGUGGCAUGCGAGACACUGUUCAGGACCAUGGAACCAGCCCAAGUGAGGCGAUUAUCUCUCAUGUUAGAGGUUCAUUAAACAAAUCAUCGAGUUUCAACCAAGGAGCAGAUCCGAAGUCUGCAGUCUCUGAGCUCCUGGCAAAGUGUGAGGAUUACCAACUGUUCCAGUUAACAAAUUUCUACCGGGAGAGACUGAAACCUGCAAUUGAAGAAGAGGUUGAAGGACUCAGCUUGAUGUUGAGAGAUGAGCAACAUUUCAGUGGACGGGAACAUGAGAAAGUCACUGAACUCGUGGAGAAGGGAGAAAGGACAGAAAGUUCCAAACUCUUCCUCAGUCUGGUGAUGGAGAAAGGCUCCCAGGCCCGGAGGGUGAUGUGGGAAUCCUUCGUGAAAAUGCAGAAUAUGUUACCAAAGCUGGACAAAAUAUUGAAAGAAAUCCAGGAGCUCGGUCCUGAUCCAUAUGAAUACAUGAACAUCGGCCGAGAUUUAUGUGAUUUAUCCGCACAACUGAAGGAUGUUCAGCAGAAACACAUGGAGACCCUGCGCAGACAGACAGAAACACUGAGAGUGAACACGAUCCUGAUGAGGGAGAAGGUGAAGGUUUUCCAGCUGGUUGAUCGAUACGCUGAGCUCACGGUUAUUUCUACUGUUCGAGAUCGGAGUCUUGUGGAACAUGAGCUGUUGGCAAGAGGCCGGGACCAUGAGGAGUGGAGAGAGAAACAUCUCCGGAGAGAGCUGGAAAAAAUUCGGACUGAACAGUUGUUCCAGAGCAGUUUUACCCGGAGUAAAUCCAAAUCUGGGAGUUCGGCAGCAGUGGCCGGAGUCCCGGGGAUCGGGAAAACAACCAUGGUGCAAAAGAUUGUUUAUGACUGGGCCACGGGGAAAAUAUACCAACACUUCCAGUUUGUCUUUAGUUUCAGAUUCCGGGAUUUAAACUCCAUUAACUGCAAAAUAACUCUGAGGAAUCUGAUUCUGGAUCAGUAUCCUUACUUUGAGAAUAUUCUGGGAGAGGUCUGGAAGAACCCAGAGGGAUUGCUGUUUAUAUUCGAUGGUUUGGAUGAAUUCAAGCACAGAAUCGAUUUUGCUGACAGUCGGAGAGACACAGAACCUCAGCACAUGUGCCCAGAUCCCGAGUGGUGGUGUGAAGUGUCUGACAUUGUGUACAGUUUAAUCCAGCACAAGCUGCUCCCAGGGUGUUCAGUGCUGGUGACCACCCGCCCCACUGUGUUACAUUUAUUGGAAAAGGCGGAGAUCAGUGUCUGGGCUGAAAUCCUGGGAUUUGUCAGUGAGGAACGGAAGGAAUAUUUCCACAGGUUUUUUGAAGAUCAGAUGGUGGCAGCAGCUGUUUUCAAACAUGUGGAGGAGAAUGAGAUCCUGUAUACCAUGACCUACAACCCCUCCUACUGCUGGAUCCUUGGUCUGGCACUGGGCCCCUUCUUCACACAAAGACACAGGGACCUGCAGCAAGUUCCCAAGACCAUCACCCAACUGUAUUCCCACUAUAUUUACAACAUCCUGAAAAACCACGGCCGUGAGAUUGAAAGCCCCCGUGAUGUGUUACUGACAGUUGGUCAGAUGGCCUUCACAGGAGUGUCCAAGAAGAAGAUUCUGUUUACAGAUGGAGAUUUGAUUGAGUACAAUCUGCAGCCUUCUCAGUUCCUGUCCGGUUUCCUGACAGAACUUUUGGAGAGAGAGGAUUGUGCCCGGAGCGUGGUGUACACAUUCCCACACCUCACCAUCCAAGAGUUUGUAGCCGCACUCGCACAAUUCCUGACUCAAGAUCCCAGGGGUAUUCAGAAACUCCUCACUGAAGCCCACAGCACGACAGACGGGCGAUUUGAAGUAUUUCUCCGUUUUGUCGCUGGUCUCUCCUCCCCAGGGUCGGCUCGGGGCCUGGAGGAGUUUCUGGGUCCAUUUCCUCAUCAAACAAUCUGUCGAGUGAUUGACUGGGUGAAGGAGGAGGUGAAACGUCAGAUUGGAAAUGGAAGGAGUAAGGCUGGUAAAAGGAGCCUCCUGAACACAUUGCACUUCCUAUUUGAGUCUCAGAACCGUGUACUGGCUCAGGAUGCACUGGGAUCUGUGGAAAAACUUUCAUUUCAUGGAUUACAACUGACCCCGAUUGACUGUGCGGUCCUGUCUCAUGCCAUUGGGCCUUGUGAUACCAUAAAACACCUCGAUCUGGGCAACUGCCGCAUUCAGUGUGAAGGACUCAAGCGGCUGGGACCCGGGCUGCACAAAUGUCAGGUGUUGAGACUGGAGGCUAAUGACCUGGGAGAUUCAGGAGUGAAAUGGGUGUCUGUGGCUCUGAGGGACCCUGAGUGUAAAAUACAGAAACUGGGGCUGGACAACAUUGGUCUCACAGAUUCCGGUACCAAGGAUCUCACCUCUGCUCUCAGUACAAACCGCUCAGUGACAGAUCUGAACCUGAGUGGUAAUAAACUUGGAGAUUCAGGAGUGAAAUGGGUGUCUGAGGCUUUGAGGAACCCGGAGUGUAAAAUACAGAAACUGGGGCUGGACAACAUUGGUCUCACAGAUUCCGGUACCAAGGAUCUCACCUCCGCUCUCAGUACAAACCGCUCAGUGACAGAUCUGAACCUGAGUGGUAAUAAACUUGGAGAUUCAGGAGUGAAAUGGGUGUCUGAGGCUCUGAGGAACCCGCAGUGUAAAAUACAGAAACUGGGGCUGAAUAAUAUCGGUCUCACAGAUACUUCCACUGAGGAUCUUGUCCCUGCUCUCUGUGCAUCAGACUCAUUGAAAGGUCUCAACUUGGGAUCAAACUCCUUCACAGACCAAUCUGUCCACACUCUCCGCCGCCUCAUAGUGACCCGACCAAAACUGCGAUGGAUCUGGCUGAAGGGGAAUAAGUUCAGUCCGACCAGGGAGGAGGAUUUGAGGUCGCUGCAGGAAUCCAGACCCGGACUGAGGGUGGAAAUAUGAAAAUCUCAAUGUGUCGACAUCACUGGCCUUGAGAUGGGAAUAUUUUUGACUGAGUUCCUGUCGUUCCCCCCCCCCCCCCUUUAAAUGGCAGCUCUUGAGUUUCACUCCUAAUGACUGAUUCCCAGCUGGAUCAGAUAAAGGUUUCUACCCAAAAUGUCGACUGUCCAUUUCCCUCCCCAGAUGCUGCCUGACCCACUGACAUCUCUGCUGUCAGUGGACUCGCCCACCUGUAUAAGUCUGCCCGAUACCUAGGAAUGGCUGCACCCCCCCCCCCCCCCCCCCCCUCAGUUGCACCUGGACCUGCAGUGAUUGUGGAUGCUACCUUGAAGUGUAAUUGUAUAAUCACUGGUUUACCUGAAGUAAAAUGACUUAUAAACUGGACUGAUUAUUGAACCUGUAACUCGCUCUUACAUGUCUGUUCUUUGUGUUGGGAUUGGAACUGAACUAUGAACAGCUUAUUUUGUCCACACAUUAAAAAGUUAUUGAUUUCACCAUAAUUGUAAAUUAAA